CUACACUUGGACUUCUCUGUAAACUUCCUGUUGUACCAGUUUGAAACCGAAAGCAAUUUAUUUCCGCCAUUUUCUUUACAUUAUCUGCAGGCUGCUGUCGGCACGCUGUUCAGUGAGCAGACAUGUCGGUCCCACAGCUCCUCCUUGAGACUCUGCAAGACCUGCUCGAAAACGAAUUCGAAAAUCUCAAGUGGUACCUCUGGAACGGUGUCUUGGAUGACUACAACCCAAUUCCACUAUCUUUUCUGGAGAACGCAUCCCGAAUGCAAACCGUGAGUCAGAUGAUAAAGUGCUACGGAGAAGAGUCGGCCGUGAAGGUCACCAUUGAGGUUCUGAGGAAGAUGAAGUUCAACGGCCCUGCAGAGAAGUUAAAGAGCAGAUACGCAGCAGGAAAACCAGCUACGCCCGCCUCCUCCUCCUCCUCCUCCUCCUCCUCAGCUGCAGCACCUCCUGCACCUCCUGCAGCGAUGACAGCUCAGAACGGAUCUGUGAUCAUCGCCCCAAAUGUCGUCGGCGGGUCAUCUGGAGCCUGGAAUAUAACCAUCAACAAAACAGAAAUGCAGGCUCCACUUCUGCUCUUAGACACUCUGGAUGAGCUCGGCGCCGAUGAGUUCAAGAGGUUUCUGUGGAACUUGAGUCAGCCGGUGCUGGACGGGUGUCAGCCCAUUCGUAGGGGCCACCUCGUGAACGCAGACCGGCAGGACGCCGUCAGCAAGAUGAUCGACAGCUACGGUGAAGAGAUGGCCGUGAGUGUGACCGCUGAGAUCCUGAAGAGGAUGAACAACAACAACGCUGCGGAGAAGCUGAAGAAGGCGUACGCAGGCGGAAAGGAUGGGGGAUCAACAGCUGCACCCUCCUCCUCCUCCUCCUCCUCCUCUUCUGGUUUGACACUUCCUGCUGGUGCUUCACUUUGUGCUCAGGGCAAAAGCGUCAUCAUCGCACCCAACAUCCACGGCACCUCGUCCGGUGUAUCCAUUAAUAUGAACUUAAACACACAGUGACUGAUUCUGUUGUUGAUGCUAAAUGGUUUCAUGCCUCAAUAAACUUUAAACAAGUGCUA